ACUCGCCUACAGGGGAGGAGCCGUCGGAGCUGAUAUAAUGUUGUGUGGGAACAAUGAGCCCGGGCAGAUUCAGCGCCGUGUCCAAGGAAGCGUGCAGGGACCUCUGGGGACAAUGGAUCUUGGCUGUUACAAUACGCACUAUUUCUAUGAUGUGGAUCUGAAGGAGGACUUUUAUCGCUGCAUUGCUCCUAGUGAGGAUAUCUGGAAGAAAUUUGAGCUUGUACCUGGCUGCUCCCAAUCAAAUGCAGGAUGCCUAGGGGGGAGUGAUACUAACUGGGGGUCAGAGAUAAUGGAUUUGGGUUGGGAGUCCCCUGUCAAACUCUCUGGCCUUAGUUCUGUUGUUCUCUUAAAAGACUGUAUGUGGAGUGGUUUCUCUACCCGGGAACAUUUGGAAAAGGUAAUCAAUGAACGUUUUUCAAGUGGUACAGCAAAGUGUGUUCCAGACAGUGAACCACUGGAACCUACAGUCAGCCCUGUAGAACAGACUACGUCAGCAGUUGGUUUACCAGCAGUCAUGCCGGAAAAGAUUCCCAAUUCAUCUGGCUCUGAAAGUACCAGUGACACGGAGGAUGAGAUUGAUGUGGUAACUGUGGAAAAGAGAAAAUCUUAUCGUGGCCGUCAGCCAGUGACUAUAACUGUUCGCGCAGAUCCACUGGAUACUACAACCAAGCUUUUCCACAUUUCUAUCCAUCAACAGCAACAUAACUAUGCUGCACGUCUACCCCCUGAGCCAAGCUCGGUCUCUCCCCAGCGAUGUCAGUCUCCCACUGAAGAAGAGCCUGGUGAAGUAAGCUGCCCUUCUCUACCACCCUGCAGCCCACCUCUGUCUAGCUCCCCUCCUCCAUCUGGUGGCUCAGACAGUGAGGACCUUGCUAAACGGAAAAAUCAUAACUACAUGGAGCGCAAGAGGAGAAAUGACUUGCGGUCACGGUUCCUGGAUCUAAGAGAGGAGGUGCCUGGUCUAGCUCGUGCUUCCAAGACACCCAAAGUGGUAGUUCUGAGCAAAGCUACAGAGUAUCUUCAGGGCUUGAUCAGUGAUGAAAAGAGACUUCUGGCAGAAAAAUUGAAGCUUCGUUCUCGGCACCAACAACUUUUGAGGAGGCUCUCAAAGUUAAAAGGCCGUUAAGGACAAAAGGCAGUAGUCUGUCUGGCACAUUUGCACAUUUUUGAGGAGUUAUUUCUUGGGAUUGCACAUAGUGAGACUUCCACUCUGGGUCAGAAUGCGCCACUGAGUGCAAAAGGGAUUGGGCUUGUCCUGUUUCAGGUGACUCUUUACUGUUCCUCAGGUUCUACAAAAGACUUGUUUGUUCUCUCAUUGCAAAAUCUAAAAAUUCUGUAUUGAUUUAUAUAUAUUUCCUGCCUUCUUAUGAGACCUCAAGUUUAUCCAACAUUCUACAGGCUAAUCGUUCACCCAAGUGUAGAGGUCACAUCAUGGGGUGAUUACCAGGACUAUUGACGUUUACUAUCUCUAUUGGACUAAAUCGCCUCCUGAUUAGUUUUGUGAUGCACUUUAUGCUGUCAUUAUUGCCAUGUCUUGUGUGGGACUUUCUCACCUUCUUGCAAACUAAGUAUGACUACUUACUGAUUUGAAUCAGUCUCGUAUUUGUUUCUUGCAAAUAUUCCUUUUGCUGGUAGUAAUGUUACUACGACUUGUAUCCUUCUGUAGGGGAGAAAAUAGGGUUUAUAAUCUUUACCUGAAGGACUGCCAUAUCCUUUUGGAGGGGACACUGGAACAGUUUUGUGUAAACCACUCUAUUACCUCACUCUCGUCACUUUACACUUGUUUGUCUGUUUGACUAUAUAUUUUUUUUAUGUACUUUCCUUUGAAUUUGCUGCUGCCGCCUGCUGGAUUUUGUACUGAAAGAAAAAUUUAUACUGUAUUUUUGUACAUUUUUGUGUAAAUUUGAAAUUUAUCAAAUCAAUCCUAAUGUGUGUUGGCAACUGAAGACUGUAAAACCCUGUUUAUACAUAAUGUAUGGACUAAAACACUCCUAAACUAAAUCUAUUUCCAUUUCUAGUGCUGAUUACACAGGACAGCAGAACGUUAAUCUUUGAGCUCAGUAAGACUAUUUUGGUUAAAUAUCAAGAAUGAGUUCAGUUAGUUGCUAAUCGUGAAUAUUCAAAUAUCUGUCCUGUAGAUGGCCCUAGUGUUAUACAGCUCAUUCCUGUUUGCAGAUACGAUGUCUGCAUAGUAUGCCCUAUGGGAGAACAUGCAAUUAAAUGACUGUUGUGAGGCACAAAUUUUUUAAAAACAGAUGCUGCUGUCUUGAAAAACAUACAAACCGCAAACACUAAAAUAAACACUUCCAACCUGCAA